AGGAGAGGAAAUUUCAUAGGAUGUAGAGUAAGUUACAUCCUUGCUAAUACUGUGAACACUUCUCACUGUUGCACAUAACAAGUAUGGAUUGAUCUAACCUAUAAUAAUCAGUGAGGACUAAUAAAGAACUUCCAGCAGUUAAAAAGCUUGUUACAGCACUCAUGGGAGACAACUUUUGCAAUUGUAUGCUUCUUCUUUGCAGUCAUUUGCUCUCGUUUGAAAGACGUCUUCUGUUCACUUCGGAAUUUUAAAAAAAAUGACUGAGACUCCUCUACUGAAUAUUACCUCCUCAAACCAGGGUGAAAAUAGAAGCAAUUCAGCUAUUUGCCCAGAGCAGGAUGACUGGUGGGACAUCGUGUAUUAUAUAGUGCCCAAGUACCUCAACGCUGUCUGUGCUAUUGGAAUGCCCGGAAAUGUAUUUGUUCUCCUCAUUUAUUCACUGCACAAGGGCCCCCUGAAGAUAGCUGAAAUCUACCUUAUGAACCUAGCUGUUGCUGAUCUUAUCUUCCUCAUGGGCCUCCCUUUCUGGGCAGAGAACAUCAGGAAUGAAUUUAACUGGCCAUUUGGCAGUUUCCUUUGCCGCAGCAACAGUGCAUCCAUCAGCCUAAACAUGUACACCAGCAUCUACUUGCUGGUGGCAGUCAGCGUGGAUCGCUACUUGACUCUUGUCCAUACCUUGAACCACAGACGGAUACGGAGCAAAACUAUUGCCAAAGGGAUCUGCUUGCUCAUCUGGUUCUUUGGCAUCCUCCUCAGCAUCCCAGUUUUUAUGUUUCGGACCGUGAAGGACUAUCCCCUGUGGAAUAUUUCAGCAUGCACUUUGGACUUCCCCACCCCAUCGUGGAAAACAGCUGAAAGCCUGGUACGCAGUAUAGUUGGAUUUGUGUUGCCAUCUACAGCAAUCAUCUCCCUUAACUUCUCUACCAUUAGGUCCCUACAAAAAAAAGCAAGAGAACGAAGAGCACUCAGGGCAAAGGACUGCAAGGGGCACAAAGGCACAAAAGCUACCAGGUUGAUCCUCACAGUGAUACUGAUGUUUCUUUUCUGUUGGACUCCUCACCAUUUUUUUGUAUUCCUUGAUACAUUAUACCAUACAGAAGUGAUCAAAGGCUGCUUCUGGGAGGAACUGCUCAAUUUUGGGGAGCAGUUUGCUUAUAUGCUGGCUACCACCAACAGUUGCAUUAACCCUGUGAUUUAUGUCUUUGUUGGGAAAUACUUCAGGCAAAAGGCUUUAGAAGUUUUUUCACAGUUUAUUCCCUGUGGAUUUCCUUUGAAAUGGGUAUCUUUGAAAGAAAUGUCAUCAAAUUUCAAUGUGUUUUCAGUCAGGAGUAGUUUAACUUAAUAAUUAUCGUUUCCAUCUUCAUUUUUAUAUUGCAACUUAUUUAAUACCAUUGUAAAUGACAUUAAAAAUUAAUAUGAAUUGCACUGAACAGCCAUUAGCAGACUAAGAUAAUUAUCUACUAAAGUAAAUCACUUGAUUGCUUAUUUGUCCUCAGGUUUACUUUUUUAUGUCUGUGUUAUCCAUCCAAAUACAUAACAUGUGAUACUAGAAAUUUAUACCAAAUAACCUAAUCUCUUUUACCAAUUACCAGUGACUUGAAAGAAAAACUCUUUGCAAGAUACCAGAAAAUAUUACAGAAAACCAUAAGCCAGCUGAACAUUUUACUUCAUGGUAUGUGUCAUGACACCUAAACCACCAAAUUGCAGCAGGUGUUACAGAGCAAAUAUGAACUUAAUCUUUAGUUGAUAACUGCAUUGGAGCAAUUAUAGAAUAGCUCCAGUUAUUUUGAACAAUAUUUUAAAUGGUUUGCAUUUUCACAGUAACAUGGAAAAUCUGAAUAUUUUUUGUGCAUUUCAAUUACAUUCAGCACAUAAAUAUUGUACAAGAUGAUAUACCACAAAGAAAUUGUACGUAAGCUGUAAAAAAAGCAAUGUAAACAGUAGCCUCCUCAAAAUCUGACUUUUUUUUAUCCAAUAAAAUGUUACACAAUUGCUCAUCAAGUGCAUAAAGAUUCUUUUUAUUUUUUAUGCGCAACAAUACCCAUGGUGGUCAUUGAUACUGUAUUCUUUUAGAAUAUCUUUCAUCUGAGGCAAAUCCUUAGAGACAUAUUU